AUGGAUAGGAUUGUUAAAUCAUACGAUAAAAGAUUCGAACAAUUUCAUUUACGUUGGAAUCAUUACUAUUGGAAUAAAUCUGAUCUGCUGUUAGUGGGUUUAGCCACAAUUAGCGCAUUGUUACGUAUUGGAUUGAGUAAAACAUUUCUCUAUGCAAAAUCAUGCUAUGUGAUAACUCUGAUUGGUUGUUAUUUGAGAAUAUACGGUUUAUAUUCACAUCAUCCACGUCUUGGUCCGAAACUGGUUAUGAUACGUAGUAUGCUUGUUGAACUAUUAAUGUUCUUAUUUAUUUUGGUUAUUGUACUUGUGGGUUAUGGUGUAUCACAGCAAGUACUUCUCUAUCCAUAUCGCUCCCAUUUCACAUGGACAGUAGUUCGUGAUGUAUUCGUCUUUCCUUAUUGGAAUUUAUUCGGUGAAUUAAUGCUGGAUUAUGCUUUUGCUGAAAAAGAAGGCUGUUCCAGCGGUUCUGUAAACACCGAAGAAUGUCCAACAUUCAAUUUUUUAAGUCCAUUAUUUUUAGCUGUGUAUUUAAUGAUUGCUGCAAUCCUAUUGAUGAAUUUACUUAUUGCAAUCUUCAGUAAUGUAUUUGAAAAAAUCGAGGAGAAUUCAAUUGAAUUAUGGAAAUUUAAUAUAUUAUCUAUGGUGUUGGAAUACAGUAAUCGACCGAUUCUGCCUGUACCAUUGUCUGCUGUUAUAAACAUCAUUGAAUUCAUCGUAUAUUGUCUUUGUAUUAAACAGAUUUUAGGCAAAAUUACACAUCUUUUAAAUAGAUCCACUACACCAUUUUAUGUGAUGACAGAGUCAAAAGUUGUUGACGGUGAUGAUACACCAUCUAAUCAGGAUGAUACUGAUGCAGAGAAGGUGUUAACAGCCGGUGAUGAAAGCAAAUGCACUUUUGAAUGUUACAGUUACACAUCCAGAUUGGUACCUGAUUAUUUAAGGCUUACACCAGUUGUAAUCGAUCAGAACAGUAAAUAUUUUGAUGAAUAUUUCAAGGCUAAACAAGUGGAAAAUUUUUGUAAACGAAGUCUGUUGAAAGAGGAACGAUCAAAUACAUCAAAUACCAGCUGUCCACAGAACAAUACAGCACUACUUUCGGCUAACCCCAAUAAUGCUUAUUUAGAUCUACUCAGUAAUGGAUUGGUAACCACUUCUAAGAAAAAAUUUCAUGUUUAUAAUGCGUAA